UAUCAUGCUUAUCAUAAGUGCCGAAACAUCACAAGUUAGUACGUGCAGCCAUUUCGCUAAAGAGUAAAUGAUAGCAGUAAUCAGUACGGAACGAAGUAAGAGUGAAUAAGUUUAUCCGGAAAUAUUCUUCUGAAAUCCUUGAAAUUUCGCGAAAAAUCAUACGCUAUAAAACGCUUAAAAGCCAAGUCGCAACAGGGCACAGUGCUGGAAAAUUUGAAAACCGAUACCACCAGUGCAGAUGAAGUGUUGAAAUUUUAUGAAGACUUACUAACUUGUAAAUGAUCUAGGACCUUUAGACAUUCUAAGUGCAUUCAAUUGUUUUCAAAUCAUUCGAAUGAAAUGAUGUGGUUUUUUCACAUCCUAUGGCUGAUUUUGGUUAUAGUGUUAUUCUUUCUUAUUCUGCGACGAAUAUACUACUUUGGCAUGCAAGAAAUUAAUAGGCAGGAGCAAAUGGAUCCAAAUCAGAUCCCAAGCAAUAAUCAACAGUACUACAUAUUCACAGUGUACGGCUCUCGAUCACAACUUGAAACAUCUGCAAAUGCAUCUAACUUGGAACAACCGUCCCCAAGUUGUAAUAAUAAUCAUGAAGUUCAACCGCCACCCCCUAAGUAUGAGGAAGUAAUUAAGUCAUCAGAAUCCUACCAAAAGCCUCCGUCUUACAGUCAAGUGUAGUAAUUUAUUAACAGAUUUAAAUAAUACAAACAUACAUCUAUUAAGCAAAAUUU